AUGAAGCUCACGUCUAUUCUUGCCCUCACCGGCGCAAUUACCCCAGCUAUCGCUGCUCCCGCCAAAUCUGACAAGACUUGCUCGAAUCCCGUAAAGAGAAUUGAGUGGCGGGAACUAGAUGCUACUGAUCAGCAGGGCUAUAUCGAUGCUGUUCUGUGCCUCAAGACUAAGCCCUCUCGCAUGGGUCUCAGUUCCAGCUUGUACGAUGACUUCCCUCACCUUCAUUUCCAGCUCAACUCAUGGAUCCAUGGUGGCUCUCCUUUCCUCCCUUGGCACCGAUACUUUGGUGUAGUCCACGAGCGAGCUCUUCGUGACUGCGGCUAUGAAGGCCCAUACACCUACUGGGACUGGACCAAAGACACGGAGGGACUCCGACUCUCGCCAGUGAUGGCAUCAAAGAACGGCUUCGGUGGCAACGGAGACGCUGAAAGCACCGAAAUCAGUGCCUCAGGAAGUACUCUAAAGUGUGUAAGCGAUGGUCCGUUUGCAAAGCUACGACCUGAGUACUUGGAGACUGAGCCCAGAGAGCUUACCGAUGGGGGCCAUUGUCUGCAUCGUAACUUGCCUGAAGUUGACGAGCCUGAUGCUUUCGCAACCAUGGCCAAGGUCUUUGGUCCUGAAGGAGUUGAAGAAGUUCAAGCCUCUGGCAACUGGAGUCACUACGCCCAGACUCUUGAGGGAGGACCUCAUGGUAGCAUCCACGCUUGUCUCGGAGGGGAGAUGAACCCCACCACUUCUCCCAAUGAACCUCUCUUCUUCUUGCACCACGCGCAGAUCGAUCGUCUCUGGUGGUUGUGGCAGAAGGAGAACUCCACUAGACUCACUGAGUAUAAUGGACUUUACAAGAACAUCAACCAGACUGAGCAGCACGAAGUCAGCCUGAAAGAUAUCUUAGUGAUGGGCGGUAUUGACGAGGACCUUACUGUUGGAGAUGUCAUGGAUACCACUAAGGGUCCCUUGUGCUACACCUACUAG